CCCGCCCUCCUCCCCCUCGCCGCCCAAGCCCCUCCACCCUCAUCAACCACACCCCACACACACCCAUCAUCCUCAUCAUACCCACCUUCAUCAUUGCUCAAGCCCAAUCGCCAUACCUACUACCAUUUCGCCCGUCACGACCCCACGUCACGACCCCCCUCAUCCCCCCCUACCAUACUCAUUACCACCCAUCACCACAAACCACCACUCCCACCGCGUACUCCACCGCCAUCACUAUCAUUCCAGUCACAAGCCUCACCCACAGGUCGUGCCCAUACCCACCACCAUCCCAUCGCGCCCGCGGCUUCCUCUUCCUCCUCAUCCUCCUCCUCUUCCCACUCUAUCUCACCCCCAUCCCCAUCCCCGACCCUGACACCCAUACCCCUCAACCAUCACAUGCCAGACUGCGCAUCUGCCGACCAACAGCAAUGUCAAGCCACCCAGCUCCGACCCAGCCCCUCAGCUGUGCCCUCUUGCCGACCACCAGCCACCAGCCGUCGCCCGCUCGCCCGGUCAGCCCCACCUUCAUCACCACCUAGCUUCCACCCACUACCAGGUACGCAACCCGCGACCACACUACUGGUCAUCACUCACCACAGACUAUCACCAGUACCAAUAUCGCUGUCAUCGAUUCCCAUCGACCCCGGCUCAUUUCCGCGUCGGCUUGUUUUGCCUAGGUGGUUGAGCACGUCCUCGACCGCCCGACCCCGCACACGCCCCCACCAACCUCAUUGCAAGAUAUGACCAAUCUGAUUUCACUACUACCCUACUACAUACACACACUACCCC